AUGUCGACGACCAACCCUCCCAAAGCAUUACUCACCGAUGUAUUCGGUACGGUAGUCGACUGGCGCUCCUCGGUGACCAAGCACCUCACCCUCUCAGCCUCUGAGGCUCUCAACUCCUCUACGCGAUCAAUCCCAUCAACCGUUCGCACGACAGCCGCAUCCGUGUCGUGGGCCGACAUCGCACAAGAAUGGCGCAUAUCGUACUACAACUUCACACUUAGCUACGACCCGUCAAACACACAAAACUUCAAAACCGUGGAUCAACACCACGUCGAAGCCCUCAACAAGCUUCUGGUAGCCCAUGCCCUCGAGGGUCUAUGGACAGACGAAGAGAUCCAGAAGAUAUCCCUGAUCUGGCACUUUCUAGACCCGUGGCCCGACUCAUCCCGCGGACUGGGACUUCUCAACCAGAAAUUUGCAACCGCGACCCUGAGCAACGGCAACACCAGCUUGCUGUCAGACCUGGCGUCGCACAGCUCCCUGCCCUACAAAUACAUCAUCUCCGCCGAGGACUUUGGCGCCUAUAAACCGCACCCGACCGUGUAUCUCGGCGCAUCAGCGAAACUCGGCCUCAAGCCGGAGGAAUGCGCCCUCGUGGCCGCACACCUGGGCGAUUUGCAGGCUGCCAAGGCCGUCGGGUACCAGACGAUUUAUAUCGAUCGGCUGAGGGAGGAGUCGUGGUCAAAAGAGGAGGUGCAGGAGGCGAGGGCUGCGGGCUGGGUCGAUCUGUGGAUCGAUUUGGACCAAGGAGACGGUGGCUUCCUCGAAAUUGCAAAGACCUUUGCUCUGCAAUGA